AUGGUCUUAGUAGAUGCAUCUACUUUGAAGAGAGAGGUAGCUGAAGGAGUUGACAUCAUGGUUGUUAGAAAGCUUACUGGAGGGAUCUACUUCGGCAAACCUAGGGGAUUUGGAACCAAUGACAAGGGAGAGGAAACUGGCUUCAACACUGAAAUAUAUUCAGUUGUUGAGGCAUCUAUGCUAUGGAGGAAACGCGUAACUGCAAUAGCUUCCGAAUUCCCUGACGUUGAGCUCUCACACAUGUAUGUUGAUAACGCUGCAAUGCAACUUGUUAGGAAUCCUAAACAGUUUUACACGAUUGUGACCAACAAUAUUUUUGGUGACAUAUUAUCGGACGAAGCAUCAAUUAUCACAGGAAGCAUUGGAAUGCUGCCAUCUGCCAGUGUUGGUGAAUUGGGACCGGGUCUUUUUGAACCCAUUCAUGGCUCUGCUCCUGACAUUGCUGGCCAGGACAAGGCAAACCCAUUAGCUACAAUUCUUAGUGCGGCGAUGCUACUGAAAUAUGGCCUUGGUGUAGAAAGUGCUGCAAUGAGAAUUGAAGUCGCAGUUGCGGAGACACUGGACAAUGGGUUCCGAACUGGGGACAUAUAUUCUCCUGGAACGCGGCAAUGGCAAGAGCAUAUUGUGCAGAGGAAGAGGAUGAGAAGAAACUUGUGGUUCUCAUCCAAUGUUUGUGGAACUCUUUUUAUGUGCGAUUGUGCAUUUGUUGGUUUUUUUUUCUGUGCACUUGCACUUGCAGAAGUAUUCUGUUGUGUACAUGUAAAAUUAUUUUGAUGUGCCCUUGUUAGGCGUUGAACCUUAA